AUGGUCGGAAUUGUGGUUAUUGCUCUUUUUGGUUUGUUUGUCCUCAAGCACUGGAUCAACAGCACUGAUGAUUCGGGAGAUCAUCAUAUUGUUCCAGAGUACCGGACUACGCUGACAUUUGGUGUGACUGUGGCAAACGCCAUUCAGAUUUUGGUGCUGAAUAUGGCUUACCGGAAUGUGGCACGCUACUUGAAUGACCUCGAAAACCACCGUACGGACGCUGAGUACGAAAGCUACUUGAUCAUUAAAGUUUUUAUGUUUCAAUUUUGCAACUCCUUUGCGUCUUUCUUCUAUAUUGCUUUCGUGAAGCGCAUUGCUGAAGGCUCUUGUCUGUAUGAAGCUUAG